AGAGUAUCCAAUAUGCUACGAAAAUUGCUUGUUUGUCCAUAGUGCAAACUUUUCCAAUGUCUUAGUAGAAACUUGAACACAUUAAAGACUUUUCAUUCAUUCACACACUUCAUUGAUUGACAAUUCCAAAGCCCUCAAACAAAAUCUCACCAAUUCAAUCAAAUCCUUCGCAACACACUCAUCAAAACUUGAUUUUGAAGAUUCCACUUCAAAGUCCCUAAAUGGGUUUCAAUUUUCAUCCCCUUUUUCAUCAAUCACCAUAGAUCCUUACUAUCUAACCUAAAAAAAUCGCUUUUUUUUCAUCCCAAUUGGAAAAAAUCACUUUUUUUCCCAUCCCAAUUGAAAAAAAGCACUUUUUUUCAUCACCAUAGAUCAUGCCUUCUUCAUCAAGGCGUAGUGGAAAUUGGGCACAAUCGGUUCUUCCAUCUUCAAAUCCAAAAUCAAAGAUACCCAGAAAAGGAAAAAGAAGAACAUUGCUUAAAGAUUUCAUUUUUUCAAAUUUCUUCAUCAUUGGGUUAUUGAUUUCACUGUUUUUGUUCAUUAUAAUUCUUCUCCGUUAUGGUGUUCCAAAACCCAUAACAAGCCAUUUCAGAAACCGUUCACCACGUUUCAGAAAAGCUUUUACAAGGAAACCACUUUUUGGUGAAAUUGGUAACCGUAGUACUACACUUUUUGGUGGUUCUGCUACUGUUGAUUUAACCACAAAAGGUUUAUAUGAUAAGAUUGAGUUUUUAGAUGUUGAUGGUGGUGCUUGGAAACAAGGUUGGAGUGUUACUUAUAGAGGGAAUGAAUGGGAUAAUGAGAAGUUGAAGGUUUUUGUUGUUCCUCAUUCACAUAAUGAUCCUGGUUGGAAGCUUACUGUUGAGGAGUAUUAUGAUAGACAAUCUAGACAUAUACUUGAUACCAUUGUUGAAACUCUUCAUAAGGAUUCUCGCCGGAAGUUCAUAUGGGAAGAGAUGUCAUACUUAGAGAGAUGGUGGAGAGAUCCUAGUACUACAGAUGUCAUGAAGGACACAUUCAUCAAUUUAGUGCAAAAUGGGCAGCUAGAAAUUGUUGGAGGCGGCUGGGUGAUGAAUGAUGAGGCCAAUUCCCAUUAUUAUGCUAUAAUUGAACAGAUUGCAGAAGGAAAUAUGUGGUUGAAUGACACCAUUGGGUUUGUUCCUAGAAAUAAUUGGGCCAUUGAUCCAUUUGGUUAUUCAUCUACCAUGGCAUAUCUUCUACGUCGUAUGGGUUUUGACAACAUGCUUAUCCAGAGGACUCACUAUGAGCUAAAGAAGGAACUUGCAUGGCAUAAGAAUUUAGAAUACGUAUGGCGUCAAAGCUGGGAUGCAGAGGAGACCACAGAUAUCUUCGUCCAUAUGAUGCCUUUUUAUUCUUAUGAUAUACCUCAUACAUGUGGCCCUGAGCCUGCUAUCUGUUGUCAGUUUGACUUUGCACGCAUGCAGGGCUUUGCUUAUGAACAAUGUCCGUGGGGACAAUAUCCUGUGGAGACCACUCUGGAAAAUGUUCAUGAAAGGGCACUCAAGUUACUGGAUCAAUACAAGAAAAAAUCUACUUUGUACCGAACAAACACUCUUCUUGUUCCACUUGGAGAUGAUUUUCGCUAUAUUAAUGUUGAAGAAGCUGAAGCGCAGUUCAGAAAUUACCAAAUGUUGUUUGAUUAUAUCAAUUCAAACCCCAGUUUGAAUACGGAGGCAAAGUUCGGUACUUUAGAAGAUUACUUUCUAAUGCUUCGAGAGGAAGCCGAAAGAAUAAAUUAUUCAUCUCCUGGUGAAGUUGGAUCUGGUCUAAUUGAAGGUUUUCCUUCCCUGUCUGGUGACUUUUUUACUUAUGCUGACCGUCAACAAGAUUACUGGAGUGGUUAUUAUGUUUCACGGCCUUUCUUUAAGGCUGUUGAUAGGGUACUGGAGCAGACACUUCGAGCAACAGAAAUGAUGGUAGCUCUAACACUUGGUUUCUGUCAUAGAGCACACUGUGAGAAGUUUGCAAUGGCGUUUUCGUAUAAGUUGACUGCUGCUAGAAGGAACUUGGCACUUUUUCAGCAUCACGAUGGAGUAACUGGUACUGCAAAAGAUCAUGUGGUUAUGGACUACGGAACUCGAAUGCAUACCUCGUUACAGGACUUGCAAAUUUUUAUGUCUAAGGGAAUCGAGGCACUUCUUGGAAUCCGCUAUGAUAAAUUAGAUCAAAGUCCUUCUCAGUAUGAGCCGGCAAUAGUUAGAUCUAAAUAUGAUGCUCAGCCUGUGCAUAAAGUUCUUAGUAUCCGUGACAGUUAUUACCAUUCAGUUGUGUUUUUUAAUCCUUUAGAGCAAACCAGAGAAGAAGUUGUGAUGGUUGUCGUUGACCGUCCUGACAUUACUGUUGUUGACUCUAACAUGAGUUGUGUUCAAAGCCAAAUUUCUCCUGAGUUGCGAUAUCACAAUAGCAACAUCUUUACAGGGAAGCACCGUGUUUACUGGAAAGUUUCGGUUCCUGCAAUGGGGUUGGAAACAUAUUAUAUUGCCAAUGGUUUCGUCGAUUGUGAAAACGCCAAGCCUGCAAAGUUGAAACUUUUCUCCAAGGCUAGUUCAGUCACCUGUCCUUCACAAUAUUCUUGUGGAAAAAUUGAAGGUGAUGUUACUGAAAUUGAGAAUCAGCAUCAAAAACUAACUUUCGAUGUAAGAUAUGGUUUGUUGCAGAAGAUAACAGCAAAAAAUAGCUCCCCGAAUAUUGUAGAUGAAGAAAUCGGGUUGUAUGCCAGUUCCGGUGGGGCAUACUUGUUUAAGCCGAGUGGUGAAGCUCAGCCAAUUAUUGAAGGAGAUGGAUUGUUGCUGAUCUCAGAGGGCCCUUUGGUGAAGGAAGUAUACUCUUAUCCGAAGACGGCUUGGGAUAAAUCCCCAAUUUCUCACAGCACCCGAAUAUAUAGUGGUGAGAGUGCAGUCCAAGGGCUUGUCAUUGAAAAGGAAUAUCAUGUUGAGCUCACUGAUCAUCAUUUCAAUGAUAAGGAGUUGAUAGUUAGAUAUAAAACUGAUAUUGACAGCAAAAAGGUGUUUUAUUCUGAUUUAAAUGGAUUUCAGAUGAGCCGAAGAGAAACUUACAAUAAGAUUCCUUUACAAGGCAAUUACUACCCUAUGCCAUCUCUUGCAUUCAUACAAGGAUCCAACGGUCGACGGUUUUCUGUCCAUUCUCGACAAUCGUUGGGUGUGGCAAGCCUUCAAAGUGGAUGGUUAGAGAUAAUGCUUGACCGCCGUUUGGUAAGAGAUGACGGCCGUGGUUUAGGCCAAGGAGUGAUGGAUAACCGUGUAAUGAAUGUUGUCUUCCACUUAACAGUCGAAUCCAAUAUUUCCACCACAUCAAAUUCGGUUUCAAGCUCUUUCCCUCUUAACCCUUCCCUCUUAUCACACCGUGUUGGCUCUCACUUGAACUAUCCAUUACAUGCAUUCAUUUCCAAGAAGUCGCAGGACUUGUCGGUGAAGCCACCGCCGAGAUCGUUUUCUCCUCUUGCUGCUCCCUUGCCAUGUGAUCUCCAUAUAGUGAACUUUAAGGUUCCCAAGCCUUUAAAGUUUUUGCAGCAACCAUCUGAAGGUUCUAGAUUUGUUCUGAUUUUGCACCGGCUACAUUAUGAUUCUUCGUACUGCCGGAAGGGAAGGUCGUCACAAUGCACUAGACUAGCCGAUGACCCCGUGAAUCUGUUCAGCAUGUUCAAGGAUCUUACUGUCUUCAAAGCAAAAGCAACUUCAUUGAAUCUUCUCCAUGAAGAUCCUGAAGUAAUAGGGUUCACAGAACAGUUUGCUGAAUUUGCACAAGAGGGGCAUGUUUCCAUAUCUCCAAUGGAAAUACAAGCUUACCGGUUGGAGAUGCGGACGCAACAAUAGAUUUUGCUUGUUGCAUAAUUGUUCCUGCUGAUCGAUGCUGAACCUCAACGAAACAUAAAUUUUGUUACUCCCACAUUAAUGGUAGGAAUGAAAUUAUUUCUUGGACUUAAUUAUCUAAACACUUAAGUUUAAGAUGGUGCAGGUAAAGAGAAUGUAAGGAAACAUCCAUGCAAAAAGUGUUGUUAACAAUCUUCGAUGGGGAAGCAUUGCACGAUAAUUUUGUAGAUUGAUGUUAUGAGGACAUGGAUGAGACUGUAGGUUCUGCGGCACGGCUUCUUGUUUGUUUAGUAUGUUUUUGUAGCAUUUUGAUUACUUUUUCUGAACUAGAGUUGAAAGAUGAGUUUUGUUUUAUUGACUUAUAAUUUUAUAUUGUAUAACAAGUUUCUUAGAGGCUAGUGAUACAUUCAUGUACAUAUUUAAUACCUCUAUUUGUGCAAAGGAGUUUGUUCUUCUUUGAAUGUGGAAUCAACAAUUUGCAAAACUAAUGCUUAUCAUGGCA